AUGAAGCGUGUAUUGAUUUUUAUUGUGUGUUUCGUGAACACAGCGUUACCGGCCAAGAAUUUGCCGAAAUGGAAGAAACAGGCAUGUGAGCUGCCGGCAGUGCAGAGCGAGCACAGCCACUACAUUUGUGAUGAAAAGGGCGAGCCCAAAUGUCACCCAGGCUGGCAGGGCGAUUUAUGCGAUGUACCUAUUUGUAAGAAAGGAUGUGACCCACUUCAAGGUUACUGCAAACGGCCAGGCGAGUGUCGCUGUAAGCUAGGGUUCUACGGGGAGCGGUGCAACAAAUGUAUUCCUCUACCGGGAUGCCAGCACGGCUACUGCAACGAGUCAUUUGAGUGCAUCUGUAAGAAAGGCUGGGAUGGAAUCUUUUGUUCAGAUCCAAUUUGCCGCUCGGAUUGCCACGCGACUCGAGGAUUUUGUGAGACACCUGGAGAGUGCCGCUGCAAAUUAGGAUGGUCAGGCGCGACUUGUCGUUCCUGCCAGCCACUGCCUGGCUGCCAACAUGGUUACUGCGACAAGCCGCUGGAAUGCAAAUGUCUACCAGGCUAUCAUGGACUUCUGUGCCAAACUCCUAUCUGCGCUCCCGGUUGCCACAAUGAACGCGGUUACUGCCGACGACCUGGAGAAUGCCGCUGCAAAGUUGGCUGGACAGGAACCAUGUGCAACGAGUGCCACAGAUAUCCUGGAUGCCUGCACGGAACCUGCAAGAGGCCAUGGGAGUGCACGUGCUUACCUGGCUGGGGAGGCAUGUUAUGUGAUGAAGAACUCAACUACUGCGAAAAGAAUCCAGACACGUGCCAAAACGGAGGACAAUGUCGAUCCGUAGAGAUGAGCGAAGGCUCGUUCAGAUGCACCUGCCCUGCAGGCUUAUCUGGCAAGUACUGUGAAAUUCUGCCAGAAGUCAGUAAUGCCAGUAAUGAAACAAAUUCUGCUGUCGAAGACGGUUCUGAGGACUUGAGUGUCGUGAGCUUGGGAAAUUUGUCGGUGAAUGCUACUGAACCAAAUAAUGGUGAAAACGAGACUGAGUGA